CGGCUGACGUCAACGCCUCUCGCGCGCUCCCCUUGUUCGCGGGUCGCUUAGUGUGUUGUCUUGGCAACGCGCGUGCAGCGUCGGCGUACCUGCCAGCUGCUGGAGAAGCGGAAAGGAAGAUGGAGGAAAACGUUAGAGACCCCGAUACUGGCAGUGAGACAGGAGGAGAUGAUGCUUUGCUGGGGAAUGUGAGCAAGCUGACGGUCAUUCCUCCAGGACACACAGGAGCAGCCAGAAAAGGACACCUUGUCUUUGACGCCUGCUUUGAGAGUGGUAAUUUGGGGCGUGUCGACUACAUUAGUGAGUUUGAGUUUGACCUCUUCAUCCGACCCGACACGUGCAAUCCUCGCUUCAGGGUGUGGUUUAACUUUACCGUUGAGCAUGUCCGAGAGACACAGAGGGUAAUCUUCAACAUCGUGAACUUCAGUAAGACCAAGAGCUUGUACAGAGACGGGAUGGCUCCAGUGGUGAAAUCCACGAGUCGGCCUAAAUGGCAAAGACUGCCAGCCAAGAAUGUGUAUUAUUACCGGUGCCCGGACCAUCGGAGGAACUAUGUGAUGUCCUUCGCCUUCUGUUUCGACCGCGAGGAUGACGUGUACCAGUUUGCCUACUGUUACCCCUACACCUACUCUCGCCUACAGCACUAUCUGUCCAGCCUUGAGCAGAGAAACCUAGACUACCUAAAGAGAGAGCAGCUGGGGCUCAGCGUGCAACAGCGAAAGUUGGACCUCCUGACCAUCACUAACCCAGCUAACCUGAACCCAGAGCGAGAGAAACGUGUGGUUUUCCUCACAGCACGUGUUCACCCGGGAGAAUCACCUGCUUCUUUCAUCUGCCAGGGUGUUAUAGACUUCCUGGUGAGCCAGCACCCUGUGGCACAAGUCCUGCGUGAUCAUGUGGUCUUUAAAAUUGUCCCCAUGCUCAACCCUGAUGGUGUGUACCUGGGCAACUACAGGUGCUCUCUGAUGGGUUUCGACCUGAACCGCCAUUGGCAGGACCCAUCCCAGUGGGCUCAUCCCACUCUGCAUGCUGUCAAACAACUCAUCAUCCAAAUGAACCAAGAUCCUAAAGUGAGUCUGGAGUUCUACAUUGACGUACAUGCUCACUCCACCAUGAUGAAUGGCUUCAUGUACGGCAACGUGUUUGAGGAAGAGGAGCGCGUGCAGAGACAGGCCGUCUUCCCCCGCCUACUGUGCCACAACGCACCCGACUUCUCUCUUUCUAGUACAUCAUUUAACCGUGACGUGGUUAAAGCAGGGACAGGACGACGCUUUCUUGGAGGUCUCCUAGAUGACACGUCCUACUGCUACACUCUGGAGGUGUCCUUCUACAGCUUUCUGACUGCAGGCAGCACCACGCCUAUCCCAUACACAGAGGACAGCUAUAUGAAGCUGGGUAAAAAUGUGGCUCGGACAUUUCUGGAUUAUUACAAACUAAACAAUCUGAUCGAUGAGAAUAAACUAACAGGUCAAUUAAGCAGUCUGGAUGCUGCAGCUGCUGGUCACCAGGGAAGUAUCACUCGAAAAGGAAAGAAUCAAAAUUGGGACAAAAAUGAAAGAAGAUUCCAAGGAGUCCGAGAAUAAUGAAGCUAAAUGUCAUACAAGUUCCCAAUCACAAUUACUUCUUUGACACUGAAGAAAGGGGAUUUAAUUUACAAUCAGUUACUGGGAUACACAAUAGCUCACCUAUUAUCAUCAUCAGUGUACUGAAAUCUCUACACAAUGCUAUGUUGUUGCUUGUUGUAACUUCAACUAUUUGUUUUUCACUGAUUUCUUCUUGCCUUUUGGAAAUACCAGCAGCAUGUUUCCUUUGGUUAUUGCGUUGUCUUUUCAUUGACACUCACUUGCUCUAAAGUGAUGGCAUGUGUUAUGUUGUGAGUUGUGUUUAAGUUUACUUUCGGGCUUGGAUAAAGAUCGUUGUUAAAAGUGGAAGGUGAUUAUUGUAUAUAAAAAUGGUAUUCGAUGCACACGGCAUUUUCUUAAAUUUGCAAUUCAUACUGUGAUUUUAUUCCAUUUUAUAUUUCGAUUCAUUUCAGAAUUCAUUAUAAACUAUUAGCACGCUGCCUAUUAGCUUCCACAGUAUUAUGACGGUACAUAACAUUGGCACUGGAAUAAACAAAGCCACAGAUCUGGAGAAAGCUGUCCAUAGUUUCUGUUUCAGUGAUCACAAAAGAGUUCAAUAUUUUGCAAAAAUAGUGCAAAAAUAGGCAAUGCCAACUACUGUGUUCUUUCGUGCAGCAUUCUCUCCACUGUUUUGUGUGAAAAACCAUUAAAACAAUUCACGACUGAGUUCACCUAAACAAAGACUAUUCCCCUGCGUGAGGUUUGACAUUUUCAUGAGAUCAUUUUGUUAUGAAUAAAAAAUAAAAAAUACAAAUGUAAUGUUUUAGAGAGCAGUCAUUGUAUUUACGCUUACUUUGUGUAAAGAUUUUGAACAUUCAAACAAGAUGAGGAGAAAUGAAUGAGAUCUGAGUAAUAAUGUCGAUAUUUUAUUAAUUGCUAGAAUAUCUUAUUGUCUUAUAUACAACGUGAAUAUAGUCUCCUGUAGUCUCUCUUUCUCAUUCUCAUUCUCUCAGACACAGGCAGAGGGAGGAUGGCUCACGUUAGCAGUCAACAGUGCCAUGAAGAGCAGCGUGUGUAUUUUUCAGACCAGUCAUUUGGAAUAAGUGAGGCAAUCAGUCAGAACUAGCAUAAACAAAUGACUUGCAUUUUACAUGGUAGACGAGAAGAUGGAGGGAGCUAAUGCAAAUGAGAAAACACAUCCAUCUACAGAUUCUUGCACACACACACAUUACACACAGCAUCUCACCUCCCCACUGUGCUGUCAUUUUUUACCUGUGUCUCAAACCAUUACUCCCUUUUUCUUGCAUCAGUAAACCAGGCACAUCAUGGCCUAAUUGUCCUUAUGCAGCUGUGAAAUGAUAAUAUUUUCCCCCUUUUCCACAUUGCCAUGCUCUAUUUUUAAACACAAGAUCCCUGGCCUUGUGAACUUUCCAGCAGAUUUCUGGAGCAGAAGCUUCACCGCAGUCAACAGAACAAAAACAAAGUACAUAUGGUUUUGGACAUAGUCACAAUUACACACAUAGUGCAAACUAAAUGACCGAACUGACCCAUGGCACACACUGCUUAUGUAACACAACUUCUUCACAUGCCAGAGUCGUAUUCUUCAGAGUAAUGUACCACUAAGAAAUUUCACAUCAUAGUAGAUCUGCUAUACAGUACAUACAAUACUUCAUGAAUAUUUCAACAUGCUUCUGUAUUGUCUAAGUGAUCAUGUCCCAGGCUUCAAUUUGCUGCCAUAGGGUAUAGGAAGAAGGUUGAUAUAAAAUUAGAAGAAAAAAAAAGACAUAGGGUUAGGGUUAGUUAUUUG